AUGAAUGCCAACCAAUGCCAAACCAAUGAGGUGAGCAAGUUUGUUAGUAGUGCAGAGAAGGGCCCUUUUACAGGCAGGGAGAAUACGCCUUCUUUUAACAGGAUUGGGAACGGACCAAAUGCAUCACCGAUUUUCAACAAUGAAAUUGAGCAGGAAUUUUUACAGCACUCAGAAGGUUUUAACCAAACACCAUCUUACAUUGUUGUUAACCCUCGCACCCUGCAAGAGCAAAACCACGAAUUUACCGCGCCGAACCAAAGUGGUAAUGAAACUUCUUGGGUCAAGGACUUCAGAUAUAGCUUCCCUAAAAAUAUUGAAUCACCCGUCGAAUAUCAAUUUACGAAUUUAAAUUUAAACAAAGAGCUACAGGAGUCUCGGAUAGAUUCGCCCUCUGGCUUUUAUUCGCACAAAAACUUCAACAUUGCUUCCUUUCCUGUGGUCGAUCAUCAGAUAUUUAAAACAAGAGGUUUAAAAUACCCUAUUGACAGUCAUAUUGAUUCUUUAAUUAAUGCUGAAUUUUUGGAGCUGGAAACCAGCAGUUUACAAGAAGAAAUCUAUACAGAAGAGGAAAAUUCAGGUACGGGACAGGAAAAUGAAGAAGUUGUCAUAAAAAGUUUGGCUUCUGAUAUAGUCGAGUUUUGCGGUAAUAACAGUGCCGAUAAAGAUGUAAAAGAAAGACUAAACAGUUCAAAAUUCAUGGGACUUAUGGGCAACAUCAGCGAUGGUUCUAUAGUUUUAAAGAAGGAUAAAGGUGGAGCGAGAAACCUUCAAAAGCACAUUGGUUUUUGUUUUCAGAAUACAGGAAGCUGGGCGGGUCUUGAGUUUCACGAUGUCGAAGACAGGAUUGCUUAG